AUGAUCUCCACUGUGAUGUGCACCAGAGAGAUGCUUCAAAACGUUCAGUGCAACAAUCACAUCAGGAGCCCCAUCAGGAUCGAGCCUCGCAGGAACUCCAUCCCCCAAACACAGGCUGUCACCGCUAAACAUCUAGUGGCUAACCUGCCGAGACCACAGACAGAAGCACUCCGCUUCACUCCUUACACUUACAAGGCUGCAGCCAAAUCCACCAUUACUUCCAUUAUGUCGUCAAAAAGAGCCUCGCUCAGCUACAACUUAAACAAUGCUAACGGCUCGUCGCUCCCACCAUCCCAGAGCACCAGCAGCCAGUCCUCUCAGACUCUGACUCUGUCCAAACAAGAACUCCACCAACAGCACUCUAUCCUGGCAACUCCUCUCGAGCCAGUGGAGGAAACCUCAAAGCGUCAGCGUUCGCAUCGCACCACGGGCCUCAAGCGCUUCAGCUCCAGGUGGCAAUCGAGAAGCUCCACCGGCAGCUGCAGCAACAUUCCUACUUUUGCGAUAGAGAAGCUGAAUGGUGCAAGGAGUCACAAGAAGCGUUGCAAGCUGCUGGGUGACGACCCUUCAUUGCAUGUCACUGCAGGCAAUCAGCGGCAACGUUACGUCACCAAGGAUGGAAAGUGCCAGGUCAACCUGGGACCUAUUGCGGAUAAGAGUCGCUUUCUGUCAGAUAUUUUCACAACAUUGGUGGACCUCAAGUAUCGCUGGUUUCUUCUCGUCUUCACCAUGUGCUACAUUCUCACCUGGGUGGUCUUUGGAGUAAUCUACUUAUUCGGUGCCUGGCUGCGUGACGACAUUGCACAUGUUCAUGACCCACAAUGGAAAGCAUGCUUUGAAAAUGUAGACAGUUUUCUUUCCGCCCUGCUGCUGUCAAUUGAAAGCCAGAGGACUAUUGGGUAUGGCUCCAGAAUGGUGACGGCGAACUGCACUGAAGGCACGGUGCUCCUCAUGAUCCAGUCCAUCCUCGGCUCCAUGAUCGACGCCCUGAUGGUGGGCUGCAUGUUUGUAAAGAUUUCCCGGCCACAGCAGAGGGCCCAGACUCUGAUCUUCAGCAAGCACUGCGUCAUAUGCGAGCGCGACGAGAAGCUGUGCAUGCUCUUCCGCAUCGGUGAUCUGAGAGCGAGCCACAUGGUGGACGCCAAGAUCCGGGCAAAGCUGAUCAAGUCCAGGCAGACCAAGGAGGGCGAGUUCAUCCCCCUGGAGCAGUCAGAAAUUAACCUGGGUUACGACACUGGUGGAGAUAGGCUGCUGCUGGUGGAACCCCAGACCAUUACUCAUGUUAUCAACGAGAGCAGCCCCUUCUGGGAGGUCGGGUCUGAGCGUUUGAAGAGGGCAACUUUUGAGAUCAUUGUCAUCCUGGAGGGCAUCGUGGAGGCAUCUGGUAUGACAUGCCAGGCGAGAACGUCCUACACAGAAGAUGAGGUCCUCUGGGGCCACAGAUUUGAGUCGUGCAUUUCCUUGGAGAAAGGAGCAUAUCGAGUGGACUGUAGUGCUUUUGACAAAACCUUCGAAGUCCAAAUGUCCCUGCUCAGCGCAAAAGACAGAAGCACGGCAGAGGAACGUGAAAUUCAGUUUUAG